AUGCGACAGUUGGCACUUUUGAUAGCAGCUGGCUUAUUCCCCUUCCCACUCUAUGCAUCGUCCUUUGCUUAUGAAGACCUCGCCUCUUAUCCCCGAUACCGUGUCGUCCUCACAGAGAACCGAAUUGCCGAAUCUGACAUUCUCGACAACUUUGACAAGCAUGGAAGCAGCAGUACUAGUAGUGCCUUAUCGAUACGGCAGCAGUUUUUAAAUGUCAACCCUGGCAUGAGCAAAAAGAACGAACGCAGCGUGGUCAUGAUGAGUGCCCAUGGGCAGCCAUUCGAGUGCACGAUUCCCGACGACGACAACGAUAACAGUGACCAGAGCCAGGAUACGUCGAGUACAACACCAAGUGAACAAGACAGCAUAGAACGAGGAUUAAAGCUAUUGGAACCCUUGAGCAAACAAAAUUGUCUUUAUUAUCAGACACCGGGCUAUUGGACGUAUGAGUAUUGUCAUGAUAAGCAUGUUCGUCAAUUUCAUCUCGAUCGGAACGCUCUUCAAGGUGAUCAGCGUCAAAUCACAGCUGCAUCCAACAGUCCAUCUUUUUAUCUUGGCUUUUAUUCCCCUUCUUCAAUACAACAACAGCAACAACAAAAGACCGAUUUGGCAUCACCCCAUCAACAUCAACACUAUCAACAACCUAUCACUAGUUUACGACAUGUGGGGGAUCAACGUUACUUGGUUCAACAAUGGACCGGUGGAACACAAUGCGAUUUGACAGGGAAGCCACGUUCAAUUGAAAUCCAGUUUCAUUGUGACAUGCAAGCGAAUGAUCGGAUAUCCAUGUUUCAAGAAGUAGCUACGUGUCAAUAUCAAAUGACGAUCACCACACCACGUCUAUGUGAAGAGAUGAUGUUGGCAUCUACAAGUCAUUCGGAUGUCAACAAGAUCGAAUGCAAUCCUAUCGUACCUGAUCACCUUGUAGAGGAUAGUACUACAACAGCAAAAGCAUCCAAUGAUGAGCCAACAACCGAAGAUUCAUCACCUGUAUCCGAAGAACAAGCUACGACGACCACUACCACCACCACAGCUGAUACUGCUACGACUACGAUGACAUGGCAGGAUCCAUCCACAUCAAAUCAAGCAUCACCACAACCCAAGCCAUUGGAUAUGAGCAAAGAAUCCCUUUUGGAUGCAGUAUCGGAUCUCAAAGCACAACUUGAGGAAUUAAGACAACAAGUACAACAACAACAACGCCAUGAUCGAUCUGGAACGACGCUUUCCCAGCUAGAACAUUUAUUACGUGGAGCAGCAGCAGGAGCAGCAGGAGGAGAGGUUGCUGGUGAUGAUGGAGAGGUUGAAUUCUUGGUAUACCACAUUGAUGAGAACGGCGAGCUUGUAUCAUCAUCAGGAGAUGGAGCAGGAGGAUUGGAUCAAUUAUUCGCUGGGCAGCAGCAACAACAACAAGGGGAUGAAGGGGAGGAGAAGGAGGAGGAAGAUGUAGAAGAAGGAUCCCAAAAACAGAAUCGAAGAGCUUAUGAUAUGCGAUACUUGUAA